CAAACAAAGAGAGGUUGGCUGGUCUCGCCUGUCAUCGUCGUGGAAGAGAGGGUUUUCCCAUCCACCUUCAUUUUCCGUAACACACACGCACACACGCACACACACACACAGCUGUGAGUGAGUCUGUGUUGGAACAAUUGCGUGUACCUGCUCUACCUGGCUGCACUCACAGUGAAAAGGACCUGGUUGACCGUGUCCAGGUGCAGUGAUGUUUCACACACUGUACGAGUGGUUCUGGUGGGACAGAAUCUGGCUGCCAGUCAACCUGACCUGGGCCGACCUGGUGGACAAAGACGGCCGGGUCUACGCCAAAGCCUCGGAUCUCUACGUCACCGUCCCGUACGCGUUCGCCUUCUUGUUCGUCAGAUUCCUGUUUGAAAGCUGGAUAGCAACGCCGCUCGCUCACUGUGCUGGAAUCAGGCAGAAGGUUCACCUGAAAGCACAGGACAACCACAUCCUGGAGCUGCAUUACACCACUCAGAGUAGAAAUCCUGCUCAGCCAGACAUUGAUGGACUUUCUAAGAAGAGCAGUUUGUCGGUGAGACAAGUCGAGCGCUGGUUCAGGAGAAGACGCACUCAGGACCUUCCUGGAGUCCUGAAGAAGUUCAGAGAGGCCUGUUGGAGGUGUGUCUUCUAUCUGUUUGCGUUCAUCGGGGGAAUAGUAGCUCUCUAUGAUAAAGAAUGGUUUUAUGACACUCAGGAAGUAUGGACGGGCUUCCCAAAGCAGUCCAUGCUGGAGUCUCAGUACUGGUAUUAUAUCCUGGAGAUGAGCUUCUACGCCUCCCUUCUCUUCAGUAUUACCUUUGAUGUCAAGAGAAAGGACUUUAAGGAGCAAAUCGUCCACCACUUAGCGACGCUGGUCCUCUUGUCGUUUUCCUGGUGUGUGAACUACAUACGGAUCGGAACGCUGGUCAUGCUCGUCCACGACGCCUCUGAUAUUUUACUGGAGUCUGCCAAAUUAUUCAACUACGCCAAGUGGGAGAAAACAAGCCACUGUAUUUUUGUUGUGUUUGCCAUAGUGUUUAUGGUGACUCGACUGAUCAUCUUUCCAUUCUGGCUCAUCCACUGUACCUGGGUUUACCCUGUUCUCCACUACCCCGCCUUCUUUGGUUACUACUUCUUCAACGUGAUGCUGGUGAUCCUCCUGUGUCUGCACUCGUUCUGGGCCUACCUCAUCCUCCGCAUGAUCAGGAAGUUCCUGUUUGGCAACCUGAUCCGAGAUGAAAGAAGUGAGAACGAAGAGGAGGAAGACGAGGACAACAGCAGCACGACGGACGACGAAGGUCAGCACAAGCUCAGCAACGGACACGCGGUCGACAAGAAGAAGGAGGAGAAGAACGGCUGCUUCGGCCGCCUGUCUCCACCAGAGGACAUCAGCCGCUCCAAGACUGUGUACUGACCACUUUGAUCAGUGGAGGACGUGAGAAACGGAACAAUGUUCAGUGAGUUUUUAUGCAACACAGGCGGAAAAAUAAACAAAACAUGUGACCCAUUCCCUCAGAUACUCACAGACACGGCCCAACUCGAGUAAUCCUGCUGACUUUGAGCUGUGCACACGCACUUUUAAACGUUUCCGGCUGCAAGUCAGUGGCAGCACUUCACUCGGCUGCCCCGCAAGUCAAAAGAAAACCAGUGAACCAAACAAGCAAACCAAACACAGGCCCCAGUGUGUGCUCAUCCUCCUCCUCACACCUCAUUUGCUCCACUUUGUUUGUGAAGUGCAGAGUCUUUGCCUCCAGCUGCUUCACCUCACCCUUUCAUCCGGCUUUUAUGUCCUCCCUCUGAAGGAUUGUACCACUUAUUCAUGGUCGCAGGGAGACGAAUGGCACAGAGGACCCGUCUCCAUGCAGGUCUUUCACCACUUCCAUUAAAAGUAUUGCUAAUGGAGUUUUUCCACUUGGGAGUUCUAGCACGACUCGACUAGACUCUACUCCGUUUGGUAUCAGUCACGUACAUGUUUGUGGUUUUAUGCACCGCAGAAAACGGCAGUCAGUUGUUUUCCAUGUAACUGAAUCCACAGUCACUGAACUAAAAUACAGCUGAACGGGUCUCACGAUCGCCUGUCGCUAAAUACACCAGACUCCUCUGUUAAAUAUUGAGAUUUUAGACAUUUCCUUUGCUAAUUGUUGGAGAUUAACGCAUGUUUUCACGGUUUUUAAAUCUUUUUAACUGAUUGUAGCGACCUCCAGUCUCAUAUGAAGUACCUAAAAGGUGAUACUUAAGUAAAUGUGCAAGUAUCUUACCAGAAAAUGACUUUGGUAGAAGUUAAACGCAAGUGACACUACAUGCCUGGGGCUAAUACUAGCUAGCUAGCUAACGUUGUAGUAACUAGCUAACCGACAGUGCCCCCAAUGUUUUCUAUUUACUUUAAAAAGCCCAGGUUUAGUGUAUAUUUGUACGGCAGGAAUGUGCUGAAUCAGCAUUCAGUCAAAUGACUCGGCAUUAAUGUGUGUGAACAUGCUAGUUUCUUCUUUUCUGUUAGCGUAGCCAUUAGCCGUAAAUGUUUUAAGGUGACCUGACUUUUUAUAACUUGGGGCAGUGCUCAGGUUUUUUUUUAUCUUUAAUAAUUAUUUUCAUUAAUCAGAUCGAAUUGAAGGAUCGAUUGAGGGACUGAAGUAAAAUAUUAUCACUGAGCUGCAUGUUGUUGUUUUAUUAUUAAAAUUAACACACAGGUGA